AUGGGUAGAGGAUGUACUACGUUUCUCGUCGUUGCAUUAAUGACGUUUAAUGUAAUAUUUCUCUUAAUUGGUGCCGCAAUACUAUGUUUUGCCGUAUAUUGUUAUGUGGAUUCAUUAAUUCAAAGUGCAGUAUCUCGUUCUGGACAUGCCGAUAAAAUGCAGAACUUAUUAUAUGCUCUUAUCGGUCUAGGCUUGUUAACGAUUGUUGUGGCUGUUUUUGGAUGUUGUGGAGCAUAUCAUGAAUCUCGCUGCCUACUUGGAACAUACUCUAUUUGUUUAACUAUUAUGUUCGGAGUUGAAAUAGCUACAGCGGCUCUGUGUCUAGUAUUUAAAGUUGAAACGGAAAGAAGGAUUAUUCAAGCUUUAGAAAAUAUUAUAAUACGAUUUAAAAAUGAAUCAGUUGAUGAACACUUUGACAAAAGUGAUUCUUACCGUGAUUGGAUACAAAAAAGCCUUCAUUGUUGUGGUAUCAACGGAAUGAGUGAUUAUCCAGGAUUAACUGUCCCAUUAUCAUGUUGUAUUCCGAAGCAUCGAAAUUGUCCAGAAAAAUCUGCCUCGUACACUAUAGGGUGUAAACAAGUAAUUAAUGAUUUGGUGAAAGAAAAAUUUCUCAUGGCAAUAAUCCUUAUUAUGAGUGUUCCAGUAUCAAAGUUAUUCGCAUUACUAUUUGCUAUACUUUUAUGUUGUUCAGUAAAACAACGAAAUGAGGUCGAAUAUACUGAAGUACAUGUGAAUGUUUAA